CAGCAUCUCAGUCGUUUAUGUGUGUCAUUCCUUCACAAGCGAUUUGUCUGUACAUCAACCAUGGCCACACACCAUCCAUCUAUCCAUCCAUCAGCAUUGGUGCUUUAAGCCACGCCAGCAAGGGCCACGCCGUGCGCACCAAGCAACACAUCACGCCGUCACGCUAUGUGUCGCAACUCACUCAUCGACAGAUAUCCCCACAUCACAUCAGCAGCCAGCCAGACGGCCAGUCAGCCAGUCAGCCAGCUACGUCAAGCCCUCCCGAUAGAUGCGCUAUGAUCGAUCUCCCACUCCUCUUGUCAUCUGGACUAAUCCGCCUCACUGCCAAGCCAACAGAGUAUUGCGUCACCUACAGGCAUCAACAUAGCACACCCCCCAAUCCUCGCGACAACAUAGACUCACUCAACUAAUCCCCACUCAUCAAGGCCUCCAAGUGUGCACCGAUAGCCCGAUGAUGCUCCUCCUCAUCUAUGUUCUGGUCCCUAUCUGUUUGUAUCCGCAUCAGCUCCUCAUCUACAUCUACCUUCCUCUUGAACUGCCACUCACCUAAAUACUCGACCAAAAAGUUGGCCAUUUCAUGAAUAUCCAUGUCCUGGCUCGCCAAAAACCGACACGACUUCUGAACUGUCUUCGUUCCGCCUUCUGCGAAUUGCAUUAUCAUCGCCCUCUUCCCAUUGCAUAGGACACCGACAGCGUCAUCGUAGCUGAACUCCUCCGGAGGAGUCUUCCAGCUCCGCACAAGGAGCAUCUCACCCCGCAGCUGUCUGGCAUGCGCUGACAGAUCUAAACAGUCCGCACGUUUUGCCUGGACGAUAAUAGCGCCACUCCGACAGAAGAACGGGGGGCCUGCGGUUUCCGCGCCAUCAGGCAGAAUGCAAAGAUCCCCAGGAGUCCCUCUUAAAAACACCCUGCCGUAUCUGGUUGUCGGGACCCGAACCGCGCUGGUGCCAACCUUGUUGUGUGCCGAGGCGACCGUCAGCUUGUCAUUCCUCACUUUGUUGGCCUCCUCCACGACCUUCGGCAACACCUUACUCAGCAGGUGGGCGGUCACCGGCUCUUGUUGCACCCGAGAGCCGGUGUAGGGAGGACAGGAAGUGGCGUUGAACGGGUGUGACGAGGGGGUGAUGCGCUUGUAUUCCGGAAUAAACGGGAUGUCACCGAUGGCAUUAAGCUGAGAUACUGGCACAGUCUUGCGUUCGUCGUCAUCGUCGGUGUCUGCAGGACGCUUUACGAUACCUGAGAAGUGCACACACAAAUUCACACACAAAUUCACGCACCGCCCACACCCCCACAGAUACAGGCCCUCAGACUCAGAGCGAGUGGUUUUCUUCUCGAAGAAACGCUCACUUCUGCGCCAUCGUAUUGGUGUGUGUUCGUGCUGUCCGAGCGUGUUGAAAGUGGCGGCGACUGUGGCUGUCUGUGGGGGGAGAAAAUCCGUGCCGCCCUUGUUCAGCAGCACAAUCACAUGGUGGCUAGGCAGCUGCCACUCCACUCGAAUCGCCUCCAACAGAUCAACGAUAUCUCUGACGGGACGUGGGAUUCCUCGAGCUACGUCAUGCUCGUGGUGCGGACCGUGCGGUUUGCCGUCUUCAUCGACCUCUUGAACCCACAACGGACUCGAAAAACCCAAGAGUCUCCAUAAGCACCUCAUUACUCAGCAACUAUAGAUGCGCUCGAUGUGGUGCGAUGAGGGAGUGCACUUGUGAGCCUCUCUGCUGCAGAUAUCUGCUCGCUCU